AUGAGACAUAGUUGUGAAGAUGUUCUUGGAAUGUUUGAACCAGUAGUGGACAAAGUACUUAAAGAAGAAUGCUCUGCUAUGUAUUUAGCUGGAGGUUUCUCAGAAUCACUAUACCUUAUCUCAAGAAUAAAUAAAACAUUUCUUUAUAGAGGUGUUUUCCAAAUGCAAACAGGUGUUAUUUUUGGUUUAAACAAAAACAUUGAAUUAUGUUGUUUAGUAAAACGUGGAAUAGAAUAUUUGCCAACUAAAGAAUUUACUGGAACAUAUUUUCCUGUUUACCCUAACCAAAAAGGUAUAAAUUUCGAGGUUAUUGUACCAAGAAUUUUUGCAUCUGCGCGGAGCAAAACAACAGGAGAAUUUUGUAAGGCUGCAUCAAAAUAUGAUGCUUAUGCAGCAUAA